AUGACUCUCCACGGCUUCCCCAGUGAGAUAGCAUGUAGGGCUUUCCCCCUCACUCUAAAGGGGGCAACCCGAGUGUGGUUCGGUUGCCUGCGACCGGGAACCGUGGAUAAUUUCAAUGAACUAGCACGUUUGUUCUUGACUCAGUUCAUGGCCAGCCGAACGAGGAGAAAGCCAGUAGCCUAUCUGUUGACUGUUAAGCAGAAGGAUGACAAGAGCCUUAAGUCAUACCUCUCCCUGUUUAACAAAGAAAGGAUGACGACGGACUACCAAAACGAAAAAAUCACUUUGGCUGCACUAUUAGGAGGGAUUUGGCCUCGUAACCCCUUUAUGACAGAGAUCGCUCGAAAGACCCCGUCAACCCUGAGGGAAUUUAUGGAUCGAGCAGAUUGUUACAUAAACAGAGAGGAUACACUCCAAGCGUUAACAACACCCAGAAAGAGUGACUUGGAGAGGGCGGACAAGAAAAAGGCAAACCGGCAUCAAGGGUCGAACCAAGGGGUCUACAAGAAGAGGACUUAUGAAACCAAGUCACUCUUUCGGUAG